GGAACAUGCAGUUUUGACGCCCUGCAUUUUACUGUUGGAAAGUCCAGCUAGACGGUUGGACGUGACUCUCGGUUUCAGGUUAAAGAAACAUUAGGAUGCAGCUCUUCCUGUUGACCAGAGAUUCACCAUCACUCCUGAGUCAUGCUGUGUUCCUGUCCCUGACCCUCCAAACCACACUCUUAUUUCUCAUCUCAGGUGUGUGUUUGGGUGGUGAUGUGCUGUUGUCUCCUGCACCUGUGAAUGGAACAGUGGGAGGAAGUGUUUGGAUCAACACCACCAUCAGAUCUGCUGAUAAACUGACAUUAGUCAGAUGGACAUUUAAUGGAUCAAAUGUUAUUACAUCUGAUCCUGAUGGUGUACGAUCAGGACCAUCUUACCGUGACAGAGUCAGACUGGACCCACACACUGGUUCAUUACAGUUACUGAGUCUGACUGUGAGUGACAGUGGAGAGUACACAGUGAUGAUAAAGAAAACUCCUAAUGAUCGGGACGUGACAGGCAAAACUACACUCCGUGUGUCCGAGACAGUAUCUGGAGUUUCCCUCACUGGUCCAGCACAACCCCUAAUAGAAGAUCAAAGUUCUGCUAAUUUAACCUGUGAGGGAACUGGCUCCAUCAUCACCACAGAAUGGAUGAAGGAUGGUCAACCUCUGUCUCCUAGCAACAGCAUCAUCUUCUCUGCUGAUCUGAGAUCAGUGUCCAUCAGUCCAGUGAGGAGAUCAGACAGUGGAGAAUACCAGUGUAGACUCAGUAACCCUGUCAGCUCUGACACUGCAACCUACACAAUGACCGUCAACUAUGGACCAGAGAACGUUUCCAUCAGUGGACAGAAUGAGGUGGAGGUGGGGUCAAAGGUGACUCUGACGUGCUCUGCUGAAUCCACACCUCCUGCCUCCUUCAUCUGGAUGUUGAAUGGAAGAGGAACAGGAGAAACUACAGCCUCAUAUUCCAUAGAGAAGAUUGACUCCACACACAGUGGGAAUUACACCUGCACAGCCUGGAACAGUGUCACCUCACUCAACACAACAGUUCACCAUCAUUUAACAGUAACCAUGACAACAGGAGGGUUCUAUAGGACUGUGACAUCAUCACUGAAGAUCAUUGUUAUUCUGGUGGCCACAGUGUUCCUCAUCAGGAGAUCCAGAAGCUCCAGACUACCUCUUCUCCUGCCCCUGCCUUAUCCAGCCGCCCUCCAGCAGUUAAUUCACCAGCUCCCCUCCAAGGAGAACCAAGGCUACCAGCUCCGCCUCCCUACAAUGUUUAGAAACUUUUCAGAGGAGACGAGGAGGGUGUUUGACCGCACUCUAAGUGGGAGGGAGGCAGCGAGGGAGCCACUACGCCUCAAGCAAGGUAACCAUUCCACCUAUGAUUAUGCCAUAAGAUUUCGAACCCUGUCAGCCUCUUGUGAUUGGAACUAUCCGGCGCUUUAUGAUACUUUUUACAACGGACUUUCUGAGAAUGUUAAGGAUGAGCUGACCUCCCGAGAACUACCCAGUGACCUGAAUGCCCUCAUGGCUCUGGCGGGUCACACUGAUGCCCGCCUAAAGUCACGACAAAGAGAGAGGACCCCAAGAUUUCCCAAGGCUUGGGACCCAGUGCCCCCUCCACAGGAACUCCCGCUUUCAUCCCCUGAGCCUAUGCAAAUUGAUCGGACCUAG